AUGGCAUUUCUUCAUACUUCUUCAGCCAUCUCUUUUCUCUUAUCCCUGUUGCUAUUUCUUUCAUUCACCACAACAUAUGCUGCAGGAAAUUUCUACCAAAACUUUGACAUAACUUGGGGAGAUGGUCGUGCCAACAUACUCGACAACGGUCAACUUCUCACACUUUCUCUCGACAAAGCCUCUGGUUCUGGAUUUCAAUCCAAGCACGAAUAUCUCUUUGGAAACAUUGAUAUGCAACUCAAGCUUGUACCUGGAAAUUCUGCAGGCACCGUCACUGCUUACUAUUUAUCAUCAAAAGGAUCAAACUGGGAUGAGGUUGAUUUUGAAUUCUUGGGAAAUGUAAGUGGACAACCAUACAUUCUUCAUACCAAUGUGUUCAGUCAAGGCAAAGGCACGUUAGAAGAGUAUUUCGACAUGCACGUUCAAGGAAAUGUGUCGAAGGUCCUAUGCGCGUAG